UGAAGCCAGUUGCGAUGGGGAAGCCAGUUGCGAUGGGGAAGGACUGGUUGCCGGUUCCGGAAUCACAGGCGGACUGGAAGGUUAUCUCAGAUUAUGAUCCAAAAAUAACACACGAAAAAGGAUUCAGUUUCGGCCUCGAACAAACGCGUUAUUCAUCCAUCCUCUUUCCCUCGAUCUUCAAUCAUCUUCUCCCAACAGGGAUGUCUCCAGCAACAAAAUCAAAGUCCAAGGAUAAAAAAUCUGGAAAAGAAGCUCAAAAGUCAUCAUCAAAGCCUAACGGGAAUAGCAGCAUGGCAUCUAUCUCAAUAACUUCCGUCUUGCCGCUUCACUAUGGUCGUUUCCGAAGUAUAGAUGAGGCAGAUCUGCUCAGCGAGUCAGAAGAUCACAAGGAGAAAACAACCAACCCGCCACUCAAACAGGAGAUGAUACCAGGUGCAGACAACGACAAGCGAGAAAAAGUCCGCCAAAAGAACGAGAGGAAACAUCAACGCCAAAAGGAGAGGCGUGCUCAGGAGUUAUACGAGAAGUGUAGCACGUAUCUCAUGUCCAGAAAGCUCGAAGCACUUACACAGCAGCUUGUGGUAAUGGGAAUAUCUCAAGAGCAUGCGACGACGGCGUUGAUGAUGAACGAAGGCAAGGGCGAGGAAGGAAUAGAGAAGCAAAGCAUUCAGAGUCCUGGGAAUUUGAAAAUAAACAUAACAGAAGAGCUAGCUAGGAUUACACAGAUGGAGCUGCAGCUUAAAUGUACAAGGCAGGAAAUAGAGCGUGCUGUUGUUCAAGCAGAAGGUGAUUUGGAUAGAGCAGAAGAAGUCUUGAAAGGCACAAAGUUUGAAGAUUCGUCUGUGCCAGUGACACAAAAUGAUCAUCUUACAGCCAGUAAUGGUUAUCAGAAUUCAGAUGCAGGAAGGUCUGAAACACAGCCUCAGCCUGUUCCUCCAACAAGAGAUGACAAGAACUAUAACUAUACAAAAUCAGCCUCCACACCAGAACCCGCGAACAAAAUGGUUCAGCCUAUGAAACGACUACAACCGAGAUUGGAUUGGCCAAAACCUCAACAGUCUGCUACUGCUUUGAUUGAUAAAAGGUCAUGUCACUUCUGCUUACUCUUUGCCAUCAUCGCCCUCACCAUCACCUUAGCCUUCAGCGAGGCUAGUGGGAAUGAGUUCAAGAACCCUCAGCAGCAACAGCCAACGAAUAGGGAACCGGUCGUGGCAACAAGACAACGGCCACAAGUCGAAAGCAUGAAUCCCGUUCCAGCUUCAGCCCCUACCAGUUGGGUUCCUGCAGCAAGCAUAGAGAUCAUAAAGUCAAAUGGCUUCAUACAAACGCAUAACAACAUCCCUAGCGCG